AUGACCGUCACGUACACGGCACGCGUGGCCAACGCGCGCUUCGGCGGCUUCUCGCAGCUGCUGCUGCUGUGGCGCGGCAGCAUCUACAAACUCCUGUGGCGCGAGCUGCUCUGCUUCCUCGGGCUCUACAUGGCGCUGAGCGCAGCCUACCGCUUCGUGCUGAACGAGGGGCAGAAGCGCUACUUCGAGAAGCUCGUCAUCUACUGCGACCAGUACGCCAGUCUCAUCCCGGUCUCUUUUGUGCUCGGCUUCUACGUGAAUCUCGUGGUGCACCGCUGGUGGAACCAGUACCUCUGCAUGCCGCUGCCCGACGCGCUCAUGAGCGUAGUGUCGGGCACGGUGCACGGACGCGACGAGCGCGGCCGCCUCUACCGGCGCACACUCAUGCGCUACGCGGGGCUCUCGGCCGUACUCAUCCUGCGCUCCGUCAGCACCGCGGUCUUCAAGCGCUUCCCCACCAUAGACCACGUGGUGGAGGCGGGGUUUAUGACACGCGAGGAGCGCAAGAAGUUCGAGAACCUGAACUCAUCCUACAACAAGUAUUGGGUGCCCUGCGUCUGGUUCUCUAACCUGGCCGCACAGGCCCGGCGUGAGGGCCGCAUCCGCGACAACAGCGCCCUUAAACUGCUGCUCGAGGAGCUGACUGUGUUUCGGGGCAAGUGUUCGAUGCUCUUUCACUACGACUGGAUCAGUGUACCCCUCGUCUACACCCAGGUGGUGACCAUCGCGGUGUACAGUUACUUCCUGGCCUGCCUCAUCGGUCGCCAGUUCCUAGACCCUGCUCAGGGCUACAAAGACCACACUCUUGACCUGUUUGUGCCAGUCUUCACUCUGCUGCAGUUCUUCUUCUAUGCUGGCUGGCUCAAGGUAGCAGAGCAGCUCAUCAACCCCUUUGGAGAGGACGAUGAUGAUUUUGAGACUAACUUUCUGAUCGACCGCAACUUCCAGGUGUCAAUGCUGGCCGUGGACGACAUGUACGACGACCUGGCUAUACUGGAGAAGGACCUGUACUGGGACACAGCGGAGGCUCAGGCCCCCUAUACCGCUGCUACAGCUUUCCUGAGGCAGCAGCCCUCCUUCCAGGGCUCCACAUUUGACAUCACGCUAGCCAAGGAGGACAUGCAGUUCCAGCGGCCGGACGGCGUGGACGUGCCGCUGGGCGAGGCUCAUGGCGACCCCUUGCAGCGCCUCCUGCCGGUGGGCCCGGGCAUUGCUGCAGGAAGCCUACUGGGCCGGCGCCUGUCCUUGUUGCGUCGCAAGAACAGCUGCGUGUCGGAGGCGUCCACGGCCGCCAGCUGCACCAGCGCCCUCGAUGGCGCAGCCCCAGAGUGUGGCUGUGGGGACCUACUGCUGGACUCUGGCCUUCGAGAUCCGGAACCCGAGCCCCCCACUGGGCCAGAACCACCAGCUCUGGAUGCCGAGCCCUUCAUCACAGUGCCCAUGCCCGCACCCCGGGGGCCAGCUCCACCCUGGCUGCCCAGCCCCAUUGGGGAGGAGGAGGAGAGUGUGGCCUGA